CAGCACGUGGUAGUGGAGCCGAUGGAGAGCUGCAGUGACGCGUGCCAGCGGCUUACUUUCCGCCAGCGAAUGGCAAAUCUGGCCGAGGCUGAGGUCGUCGAAUGUGUUGUGUCGACGAGCCUUAAUCGCUGAGUAGCUCACUGUAAGAUGGCACGUCGCGCAGACGCUCCUUGCGGAUGUGCCGAUCGGCCCUCGCUACCUAAUCGUGAGGACAGAAGUUGUAAAGACACAUCGCAAGCAUAAGCAGAGCCAAGGCGCAAGCAUGGACGCCUCUGGGGAGGUUGUAGGCAUUGUCGAGUGCGUGACUGGCAUCAUAUCCGCCUACCAUGACGGCGCUGCUAUCAUAAACCGGCUGAAACUUAAGCGAGCGGAGCGUUGUGACCCAGCGCCACCGCCCACACUCGAGGAGACCAUCGCUCAGGCUCCCGAGGAAAUUGAGAAGGAGCUGCAACGAGGUAUUGCACGUUUUGGCAAAGCGUUCCAAGACGGCGAUCAUCUCGCAGUCAUUGCCCUCCAGCAGAUCACCAUACAGUUGCAGAGUACAUUGCUGGAGAAGCUGAAAUUUGACGAUGACGGACGUACAGACAGAGACUGGAUGGAGCUGGUAGAUGUGGCAGACACUGGACGCGACAGGGCGAUCACGGCAUUAUUGGAAUUGCGGCAGAGACUGUUGCACGCUCAUUCCGGUCCAGAACGACAGGAGCCACUAGUCAAUGGUAAUGGCGAUGGAAACAUUGCAGGACACAUGCAAAGCUUAGCACAUUUCAACCUCGCCCUCGGCGCUGCCCUUCCAGCCACCUCCUCGUUGCAAUGCAAGCGAGCAGCAGGGUCCUCGAUAAGCGCACCUCGCCUUGACCGGCGUGAUACGCUUGAUAUUGCACCUGACACUCCGCGCUCAGCUUCCUCCGAUCCACACGUGGUUCAUUCGGCACUUUCGCCAUCACGCGCUUCGACGGCCUCCACCUCCAUUCCAACUCCUACACCCGACAACGACUAUCUCGGGUUCUGCAAGUCCGCGUGGAAACUGCAGAACGGCGACCGGAAAGGAGCUCUGCAGAAGUCGAAAGAGUUUAACGACGGCUGCUCGCAGUCUCACGUCCAGUAUUUUGUCUGUGCGAGUUCCAAAUGUGCCUUCGCCGGUCGCCUUGACGUUGCUACGAUUUGGGAGCGAGUGUGGCUCGUCCAAUCGAAAGGUCUCAAAUUCCGCUGGGCGUUCCUGGCAAAAUCCCAUGUACCGCAGCAGAAGGUCAAGGAUCACCAGUACGUGUAUCAGUGCCAGUUCUGCGUGUUUCUAGGUGACAAGAGUCCGGCAUAUGCUGGAACAGACAUGUACCUGGAGCACGUGGCGACGGCGCAUCGCGCACAAGCACUGUCUGACAUCAUCUUGUACAAGACAAAGUGUGUCUCGGAUCGUGUAGCGGAGGAUAGCGAAGACUUCGACAUCAACCUUCUCCCACUUAGUGCCACUGAGCAGAUCGAGAGGAGGCAGUCUGACGUCCUCUCCGAUGAGCUUCUAGGUUUGGGCGGGCCUCCGAAGCCCGGCGAAGAUUCCAAGGACUCGGUGUUCAGUAAUGAGCCGUGGAACGAAGGACUGUCGGACUUCCACUGGGAUGGCGGCACUGAGCGGAGUGAGCUUGAGUAGGACUACAGCGU